AUGGGGACAAGUCUAAACGAGCUUCUGUUUGCUGUGUGUGCGACUUUCUCCAUCAUUCAUCUUGCUCAAUCUCAGAAUCAACAAGGAUUCAUCAGUUUGGAUUGUGGAUUGCCUUCUAAUGAGUCUCCAUAUAACGAACCAUCGACCAAUCUGACAUAUAUAUCUGAUGCCGAGUUUAUCCACGGAGGAAAAACGGGUACGGUCGAGAAAGAUUUGGGGUCACAAGUUAUAAAGCCAUAUAGGGCUUUGAGAUACUUUCCAGAGGGAAUACGAAACUGCUAUAGCCUGAGCGUGACGCAAGACACAAAGUAUCUAAUCAGGACAUGGUUCCUAUAUGGAAACUACGACGGUCUUAAUACAUCUCCAAGGUUCGACAUCUAUGUCGGUCCUAAUCUUUGGACAACCGUAGAUGUCAAAAUAUCGGGUUUAGGUGCUACUGAGGAGAUCAUUCACAUCACAAGAUCCAAAGUUUUGGAAAUAUGUCUCGUCAAGACAGGGACAACUACACCACUAAUCUCAGCCAUAGAACUCAGGCCCUUGCAUUAUAGUACUUAUAUUGCUCGAACUGGUUCCUUGAAGUUUGUGGACAGGGCCUACUUCAGCAAGUCGGAAAACGUUAUACGUUAUCCCGAAGAUAUCUAUGAUCGUUUUUGGUUUCCGUACUCUCCACUGGAAUGGACGGAGAUAAAGACAUCCCUCAACGUUGUUGAUUCUUUGAAAAAAUACAACCCGCCACAAGAUGUGAUGAAGACCGCCUCUAUACCCAAUAUUUCCAGUGAGCCAAUGAGCUAUUCUUGGACUUUGGAAACCUCUGACGACGAGACUUAUGCCUACCUUUACUUCGCUGACAUCCAAGAAGUGGGAGAUAUGAAUGAGACCAGGGAAUUUAAUAUUAUCGCCAACGGUAAAGUUGAAUAUGAUCCUUAUCGUCCUAUGAAGUUCGAAGUAGACACUUUGUUUAACAAUGUACCGCUGAAAUGCGAGGGAGGGCAAUGUCGUGUGACACUCUCAAAAACCAAGAAGUCGACUCUCCCACCCUUGAUGAAUGCUAUAGAGAUUUUCAAGGUCAUUGAGUUUCCACAGUCAGAGACUAAUCAAGAUGACUACACUGCUAUCAAGGAUAUCCAUGCUGCUUAUGGAUUGGAUAGAAGCAGCUGGCAAGGUGAUCCCUGUGUCCCAAAACAGUUCUUGUGGACUGGUUUACGCUGCAAUGUUAUAGAUGUGUCCACACCACCAAGAAUCAUAGCACUGGACUUAUCGAAAAACAACUUGACAGGAGAAGUGCCUGAAUUUCUAGCAACAAUGAAAUCAUUGAUGCUUAUAAACUUAAGUGGAAACAAUCUUAGAGGUUCUAUUCCUCAAGCCCUUAGGGAAAAAGAAGGACUAAAACUAAUUCUUGAUGGAUAUCCAACGCAAUGUAACUCAUGCCAAAAAAAGUUUCCUGUGGCGGCGGUUGUUGCUGCGUCUCUUUCUUUUGUAGCCAUUAUCAUAAUUGUUUUGGUUCUGAUCUUCAUUUUCAAAAGGAAAAAUCCAUCAAUCCGCAAAGUUAUACGCCCAUCACUAGAAAUGAAAAAUAGAAGAUUUACCUAUACAGAGGUCAAGGACAUGACUAAUAACUUUCAAGUUGUUCUUGGUAAAGGAGGCUUCGGUGUUGUUUGUCAGGGCUUUCUAAAUAAUGAACAAGUCGCCGUGAAAGUCCUCUCCCAAUCAUCAACUCAAGGUUAUAAGGAAUUCAAAACAGAAGUCGAACUACUUCUAAGAGUUCACCAUGUAAAUUUAGUAAGCCUCAUCGGAUACUGUGAUGAAGGAAAUGACUUGGCUCUCAUCUAUGAGUUCAUGGAAAAUGGGAACUUAAAGGAACAUCUUUCAGGUAAACGUGGUGGCUCUAUUUUGGACUGGCCGAGUAGACUCAAAAUAGCUAUCGAGUCUGCGCUAGGAAUUGAAUAUUUGCAUAUUGGAUGUAAGCCGCCAAUGGUUCAUAGAGAUGUGAAAAGUACCAAUAUAUUGUUAGGCCAACAUUUUGAAGCUAAACUGGCCGAUUUUGGACUAUCGAGAUCUUUUGUAGUGGGAAGUAAAACUCAUGUAUCAACAAAUGUUGCUGGAACUUUUGGAUAUCUCGAUCCCGAAUACUAUCAAAAGAAUUGGUUAACAGAGAAAAGUGAUGUUUACAGUUUCGGGAUUGUGUUACUGGAACUUAUCACUGGCCAACCUGUGAUUGAACAAUCCCGUGAAAAUUCUUACAUAGUAGAAUGGGCCAAGUCUAUGCUCGCAAAUGGUGAUAUUGAAAGUAUUAUGGAUCCGAAUCUUCAUCAAGAAUAUGACACGGGUUCAUCUUGGAAAGCUCUUGAAUUAGCUAUGUCAUGCAUAAACCCUUCUUCCUCAGAGAGGCCAAACAUGACUCGGGUUGCUCAUGAACUAAAUGAGUGUUUGGAAACAUAUGAGAGCUUAAAUAAAAGAAUGAGUCAAGAUGCAAAUCCAACAAAUUCCACGUCCACGGGACAUAGCAUAACUUUCAUCAGUGACACUCCUUCAGCUCGUUAA